GUAAAGCUAUCGGUUCUACAGCUGUCAUGGCGGAGAAGAAAAAAUUUUUGGGGCUGCCUCUGUUGCUUUUAUUAAUUUCUGUGAGCCUCCUGCACUUAUUCAUUUGUCCUUUCACUAAAGUCGAAGAAAGCUUUAAUCUACAAGCGACGCACGACAUACUAUAUUACAGGCUUGAUUUUGAUAAGUAUGACCAUCAUGAAUUCCCUGGAGUUGUGCCACGUACUUUUCUCGGUCCCCUGUUUCUCUCUGCACUCAGCUCUCCUGCUGUUUUUCUAUCCUCUCUCUUGGAGGCCCCAAAGUUUUACACUCUGCUUAUAGUCCGAGCCUCGCUGGGAUUUUGCGUGAUCAGCGCUUUAUGGUUCAUGCAGAGAGAAGCGAGGAGGCAGUUUGGCUCCACAGUUGCAGGGCUUUUUUGUCUGACCUGUGCAUCCCAGUUUCACCUCAUGUUUUACAGCACCAGGACACUCCCUAAUGUCUUUGCACUACCGAUAGUUCUUGUAGCGUUUACGUCUUGGAUGGCUCAGAAACACGGCUGGUUCAUCAGCCUCUCUGCUUUGGUCAUCAUCGUGAUCCGAUCUGAGCUCUGCAUCUUGCUAGGCCUCAUGUUGCUGAUGUCACUGCUGAGCAGGAGGCUAGGGCUGCUGCAGCUGAUCUACUACGCUGCUCCUGCUGGACUCUUUUCCCUGACUCUGACAGUGGCUGUUGACACCUUCUUCUGGAGGAAGCUUUUGUGGCCUGAGGGGCAGGUGCUGUGGUACAACACUAUUCUUAAUAAAAGUUCUAACUGGGGAACCUCGCCCUUUCUGUGGUAUUUUUACUCCGCCAUACCCCGUGCCCUGGGCUGCAUGCUGCUCUUCGUACCCCUUGGCCUCCUUGACAAGCGAAUAAGACUGCUGCUGCUCCCCACAGUGGGCUUUAUCCUCAUCUAUUCACUGCUGCCUCACAAGGAGCUGCGUUUCAUCAUUUACACCUUCCCUGUGCUCAAUUUGGCAGCUGCACGCGGUUGCUCAUUUAUAUUGUGCAACUACCAGAAAUCCUGGAUGUACAAACUGGGCUCUGCAGUUGUAAUUGGCCAGCUGUUAAUCAACUCAGUGUACACUAGUGUUAGUCUGUACGUUUCUCACCACAACUACCCAGGAGGCCGAGGAAUCCAGGAGCUCCACAGGCUACAGCCCGCCUCAGCAGAUGUCUUUGUUCACAUUGACACCUUUGCUGCUGAAACAGGAGUUUCACGCUUCUUAGAGCAAAACAAAAACUGGAGAUAUGACAAAAGAGAAGACAUAAGCACCACAAGUCCUGAGACCCAGACGUACUCCCACUUGUUGAUGGAGGCUAACGUUACCAAGAUACAGCAGCUCCAGGACACUCAUAAGCCUCUGGCCUUCAUUGAGGCUUUCAGCAACAUCGCCUUCAGCGCGGCUAACUUCCCGCCCAUCAGAGUGCAUCUGAGGAGGAAAGCUGUGCUGAUGGAGAGAAAGAGCUGGAAGCCCAAACCGAGACACACAUGAACUGAAAUUUGAUGGUUGAAUUUUCAUUUGACCAAAUAUAUGAUGCUGCUAGGAUAUAUUUUUUUCAUGUGUCAAAAUUCAACAUAGAUCUACCCUAGCAGACAUCAUCUAUUGUUUACGCCAG